AUAUAUAUUUAUGAAAUUCCUUCAAUAGUAUCAUGAAAAUACAUGUUAUAUCAAAAACCAGCUAUUAUACGAUGAACAGCUUGCACACUUCUACAUAACGGCUCUGGCAAUAACGCAUAAUUUCUUUUUACAGCAAAUGGUUUUCAUUAUAAUCAUAUAGAAAGAUUCUAUACAGUACUAAUUGCUACCUGAAAAGGAAUAGUUUCGAAGCCACGGAAGUCUGGUUUCGUUUUUAACGAUUCUAAUUUUCGAGUUCGAACGCUGCGCGCAACGGUCGCGUUUACAGUUUUCCUAAAGACCGUAAGGCGACGCAGCAGUCGCAUACAGUGCAAGAACCAGCAAAACAUUGUUCGCAACGUUGUUUGCGUUGACGAACAAAAUUGCACCUUCGGUGAGUGCGUGAUAAAUAUACAUCGUUCAAUCGCGCGUACCAAGUGCAUAGCUUUGUUACUCAUUACGAAACAUUAUUGAAAUCAGUAUCGCAACCAAUUCCAGUAUCAUCGAAUCCAUGCAUUAUCUUGUCUGAAUAGCAACACCAAGUUCAUUACCGAAAGAUUGAUGUACGUUGCUCGUCGAAGGACACCUUACGUACGCGUUUAAAAAGCGCAACAGUUACGACAAACAUUGAAUUGCGAUGAACUGCGCAACGACAUAGGUGUGGCGCGCGAAAGAGAGCGUACAUGCACGUAUCGGUAGUCCGUACGUGCAAGUGCUUCUUUGGAAUGACGGCGGCGAGGAAUUGGAUUAACUUUCUCCAGUUACGUUUCGGUUUGAAAAAUCAAUCGAUCGUUUUAACGUAGUGUCAAGUGCGCGUUUAUAUUACGAAUACAAUAAAUUUGCAUCGUAAGUGAAUAAUAACUUGUUUUGCAGAAAAAAAAUAUUUUCGGUGUUGUUAGUUUGCGAGGUAAAUAUAUUUGGUGUCGAAUACACCGUGUGGGUGCGUGUGCGUGAGCGUACUCGUGCCCGUGCCUGCGCCUAUGCGUCUCCGUUCGUCGAGUUGUGGUGAUCUUCGCAGAGGUGGCGGCGGUGGAGACAGUGAAGGUGGUGGCGGCGGCGGCGACGGUGGCAGCGGUAAAGGUGGCGGUGGUGAAGGAGACGGUGAAGGUGGCGGCGGCGGUGGUGGAGGCGGCGGCGGUGGCCGCGACUACGUUUGGAGGGAGAGAUUUCGUACGUCGUGACUGAGUGAGUGAGUUGGUGCGUGUGCGUGCUGCCGCGCGUAUACGCUCUCUCAUUCUUGGGAUCGUGUGCGCGCGUAUUGUAUAUAUAUGUAUAUUGUCGCGCGCGCGCAUUAACGGAAUUCACGAUCAGACACGCAGGGACUCUCAACAAAUGUUUAAAUGGACGCAUCGUCCAUUAUCACCCAAGUGUCACGGGAUGACGAGCUAGGCCAGUUUAAUAAUGGGAAAGCCCAGUUACCACAAGAGAAUGAAGUGGUCAACAACAGUCCAGCAAGUGGCAAAAAGCCAAGAGGGCGUGGACUUUUGCGAUCUCUACUUUGUUGCCUUGGUAGAGGACGUGGAAGUAGUUCAAAAAGUUCAAAAACAAGCUCUUUGCAAGGCGAUGGACGUGGUUCUCCACCACCAGGGACUGGAUCCCCACGGUUCCUUCUCCCACCUGUCAGACAUCAGGAUAUGCACAAAAAGUGCAUGGUGAUUGAUUUGGAUGAGACACUAGUGCAUAGUUCUUUCAAACCAAUCAACAAUGCCGAUUUUGUUGUUCCUGUAGAGAUUGAUGGGACAGUGCAUCAAGUGUAUGUUUUAAAGAGGCCUUAUGUGGAUGAGUUCUUGCAGAGAAUGGGCGAACUGUACGAAUGUGUAUUAUUCACAGCAAGUUUGGCUAAGUAUGCUGAUCCAGUAGCAGAUUUGCUUGACAGAUGGGGAGUGUUCAGAGCAAGACUGUUUAGAGAAUCUUGUGUUUUUCACAGAGGAAAUUAUGUUAAAGAUUUAAAUAAACUAGGGCGGGAUUUGCAACAAAUUAUUAUUGUUGAUAAUAGUCCUGCAAGUUAUAUUUUCCAUCCAGAUAAUGCGGUGCCAGUGGCAUCAUGGUUUGACGAUAUGACAGAUUCAGAAUUGUUAGAUUUAAUUCCAUUCUUUGAGAAACUCAGUAAUGUGGAAAAUAUUUAUACAGUCUUGUGCAAUAGUAAUCAUCCUUAUAAUCAAGUACCUACGGCUGUACAGAAUAGUCCAAGCCCCGGGUCAGGUUCACUUGGUGCUUCCUAGCCCUACCUAAAUUCUGGCCAAGUAGCCAGUAUUGUCAUCGCUCAAUGCACUCUAAGGAGAAUUUUGACUGGAAUAUUCCAUAUUACCCAUUUGUUAUGUGGCAGUGGAAAAUUGAGUGUGGCUCACUAAAUGGUGGAUGCAACAUUACUUGUUGAGGAAAAGGAGGUGAAAAUCCUAAGUCCUCCUAUGCACUGUUUAUUUUGAUACAACAUAAGCAACAACUGUUUCAUUGUUGACUUGAGUUCUCUUUUCUAAUAAAGAGUAAUAUAGUAUGCUGUUUAUGGUAUGCUAGAUGUAAUGAACUGAGUAUAUUGAUCCAACUAUUAACAUACAGGUAAUUGAGAAACAAAAAUCACAAACAGUUCAGUUGAUAAUAACUCUUCCAAUCACACUGAAAUGGAAUAAACUUUAAAUAUGAUCCAUGUGCGUGUUUCCGUGCUCGGUGUACUUAAGAAAAGGAACAAAUGGCAAUGGUAAUAGUAAAUGUGAAAAGUGACAUACGUUUUAAAUUGGGUAAGUGCAUAGAUUUGUGCUUACGUAUAAUUUUAAUUCAGAUAGGGUACCUUAUGCAUUAAUUACACGAGAGAAAAAAAAGAAAUAUAUAUACAUAUAUAUAUAAAUGAGAGCGCUAAGUGAUAAAAAGGGAAGAGAUACCUGAUCAAAUAGAGUCUUUUGAUGGGCCAUUUUAUUUUACGCUUUCAUAUUCUUAUUAUUUACCGACAAAUUCGUACUGUUUUUAUUAACAUCAAAUUUCAAUGGAUUCUUCUAGCAUAACUACAAAUAUUAAGCAAUAUGAUAAUUAGUUUUCGUAUAAAUUUUAUGAGGCUAAUAAUUCCAAAUAAUUACAGAAAUUAGUGCAUUUGUAAACGUUUUUUAUCGAUUAUAAUUAAGAUCGAAACAUCUUUUUUAUUACCAAAUGAAACAAAAUAUUAGAUCUAAUAAUGUAAAAUAAUGAUGAAAAUGCAAGAAAGAUUAAUAAUCUAACUUUUUUUAACGAUUUUGUACGGAAAAAAAUAUUUUCAAUAAAUAGGAUUUGAAAUACGACAAUAUUAAAACGUUAACAAAUCAUUUAAAUAAGUAAAAUAGAAAAGAAACAAUGAUGUUAUGUUUCCAUCUUUUGAUGGUAUUUUACUUUUGUUCCAAGCAAAUGUUAAAAUAAUAAUAUGGAAAUUACAUAAAUUGGAAGAA